UUAUAUAUCUCCCUCUUUGCAAGCACAAAAAAUCAUUUUUGUUCGUUCAGAAGAAUUUUCCCGAGGAAAUUAAAUGUUCUUCAAAAACCCAGAUCUAAGGAUCGUCGCCCAAAAUUUUUGCCCAUAAAUUCGUUACUUUUAGAUUCUCUUCCCCAUAUUCCCCUUUACCGGGGCAAUCAAAUAUACCCCUUUUUUUGUUUUUCUUUAAUAUUCCUAAGCUUUGAUCUCUUUAAAAAUUUCGCUUUACUUUUCCCUAACUAGAAAAUGCAGCUUGAUGGUCUGAAAACGUUUGUUUUGGUUCACUGAUUGAUGGGGAUUCAGUAGUUUCUCAGUCAAAAUUUCUCCCUUCAUUUAUCCCUCUAGUCAUUAAAGAGUAAAGAAGUUAAAGGAUCGUUUUUUUUUCUAGCAGGGUGGUUUUGUGAGGAUUUUAAAACUGGGUUUUGGUCUUUGGAAUUGAUUAGAUUAGAAUUUUAAUGGAUCUGAGAGUUGCUUUAAAGAGAAGGGUAAUAAGUCAAUUUGUCAAUAUUAGCAAAGAGAAAUAAGAGGGCAGGGGUGUUUUUCUUUCCCUUUACUGUGUUGUAGUUAGGUGUAAAAAGUUAAUCAAGAAUAGAGCAUGGAACAUAUUAUUGGUGGAAAAUUCAAGCUUGGUAGAAAGAUCGGGAAUGGAUCGUUCGGCGAACUUUAUUUAGGCACUAAUGUACAAAGUGGAGAGGAAGUGGCUGUUAAGCUGGAACCUGUCAAGACCAAGCAUCCUCAACUUCACUAUGAGUCAAAGCUGUACAUGCUUCUUCAAGGAGGGACUGGUAUUCCUCAUUUAAAAUGGUUUGGAGUUGAGGGUGAAUACAAUGUCAUGGUUAUUGAUCUUCUUGGGCCAAGUCUGGAAGAUCUAUUCAACUAUUGCAAUCGGAAGCUUUCUUUAAAAACGGUUUUGAUGCUUGCAGAUCAACUAUUAAAUAGAGUUGAGCAUAUGCACUCUCGUGGUUUUCUUCACCGUGACAUAAAGCCUGAUAACUUUUUGAUGGGUUUAGGGCGCAAAGCAAAUCAGGUGUAUAUAAUUGACUAUGGUCUUGCAAAAAAGUAUAGGGAUCUUCAAACACAUACGCACAUACCAUACAGGGAAAACAAGAACCUUACAGGAACAGCUCGAUAUGCAAGUGUUAACACUCACCUUGGAGUUGAGCAAAGCAGGAGAGAUGAUCUCGAAUCUCUCGGUUAUGUGCUUAUGUACUUCCUUAGGGGAAGCCUUCCAUGGCAGGGCUUGAAAGCUGGCACCAAAAAGCAGAAGUAUGACAGGAUUAGCGAAAAGAAGAUGCUUACCCCCAUAGAGGUCCUUUGCAAAUCAUAUCCUUCUGAGUUCACAUCAUACUUCCAUUACUGUCGAUCACUACGUUUUGAAGACAAACCGGAUUAUUCGUACCUGAAGAGGCUGUUCCGGGACCUUUUCAUUCGAGAGGGCUAUCAGUUUGACUACGUAUUUGAUUGGACUAUGCUGAGAUAUCCGCAGGUUGGCUCUAGCUCAAGAGCACGGCCAAGCCCAAAACCCGGUUUAAAUCCCCCAGGGGUAUCUGCUGAAAGAACCGAAAAGCCUUCAGUUGGCCAAGAGGUUCGUGAAAGGUUCUCUGGUGCUGUUGAGGCAUUUGCGAGACGGAAUGGAUCUGGACAUGGUGAUCAGUCUCAAUACAUAUCUUCUGAUGAUGUGCCAUCAUCCAAGGACGUGCAACCUGAUUCUGAUAGGGCUCAGUCUUCCUCGAGAAAUGUUAGUACUUCAAAGAGGCCUGCUGUUUCUAUCAGCCGACCUGGCUCCUCUGGGGAUCCUAGUGAAAGCCGGUCUAGCAGAUUGGUUCCGAGCAGCAGUCGCCUGUCAACCACUCAGAAAGUCCAACCUGGAUUCGAAUCCAAAUCAUCAUCUUUCACUCGUGCUGCAGCCACGAAAGGUCGUCGCAUUGAUGCCCUCCGGAGCUUUGACUUCUUGACAAUUGGAAGCGGGAGAAGGAAAUAAACGGCUUGCACAUCUGAUAGUACCAAGGAUUUGCAAGUUAUGAAGGAGAUCUCGGUACUAUAACUGUAUUUUCAAACAGUUUUCUCUGUAUAUCUGCGUCCUUGAUUUGUUUCCGUCCUCAACUUCAACGAUCUCCCCCAAAGAAGUUUCAGCUCGGUUAAAAACUCAUGGAACUCCUUCCUCAAGCACCCGUUGUCAGGUAUUCUUGCCAUUAUCAUGCCUCUAGAGUGUCAUUAAAGAAAGAGAGAGAUGAUAUCAUUGUCAUCACCUCAUGAAAAUUGUUCAUAGAUUUCCAAGUUUCAACUAUUAAUUCUAGUUGUAAUAAAAACACAUGAUGUUUCUUUUAUUUCAUCAGAAGCAAACAAGAAGAAUGCCUAAGAAGUAUACUAUAACAAAGACUUU